ACAAUGAUAUGUACAUUAAACAGUUAUUGUUUGUUCCUCCUGGUUGUUCUGAAAUAAUAAAUCCCUUCUUCCUGCUGUAUUACACUAUCUCUGGGUGUUAAUAUGAACCUUCAGCAGAAACUUUCAGAUUAAAAUGUUGUAUCUUUGGAACAUAUUCACUUGAUUUGUCUUCACUUAGACUGCUGAAGCUUCACAUUAACUCGCUUCACACUGUUCUCACCACUGUCCCGUUAAACUGCUGGUAUAAAGCAAACUGAAUCUGUGAGCAUUAAUCAUGUCACCGCACUGCCCGUCUGUUGUGUAACAAUUGCUUCAUCCUUUAACUUGUCUCUGUGGGGGGGAACCUGAUAGCGUCCCUUCAGCCUUUGGUUCAGGGAGGCAACUUCCUGCAGCAGAAAUUUAUGAGGUUCCUCGGAUAGUUGUGGUGGUAUUUCUGGAGCCUGCCGGCCCAUUGGUCUGAGUUGGCUCUGCUACCAUAAAGAGGGCUGACUUUACUGCUGAGCAAGCACUUCACACCCUAUAUACCCUGUUUAAUCUUUACUGUUUAGGACUUGGCAAGUGUCUCCCCCCCUUCUUCGUCUUCCUCCUCCUCGUCACGUUCAGUAGGGUGUGAAGAUCACAAACCACCAAAAUGUCUGAGGGAAAGAAAAUGACGUCCAGCCGCAGGCAUCAUCUGAAGAGUUUGAUGCUUCAGAUCGCUGCCAAUUGGAUUGAGCAGGAGAGGAAGGACAUUGAAGCUGCAAAGGAGGCCUACAUGGCCGAGAACUGCCCCGACCCCGACCUCAGUGGAGACCAGGCCGCCCUAAUGGAAAUCUGCAAGAAGCUCCAGGCCGCCAUCGACAAGAUUGACGACGUAAGGUACGACGCUGAGGCCAAGGUCCAGAAGGCCGACAAAGAGAUUGAGGAUCUGAAACUGAAGGUGGUUGAGCUGGCUGGAGUGAAGAAACCCGCCCUGAAGAAAGUGCGUAUGUCUGCUGACGCCAUGCUGCAGGCUCUGCUGGGAGGAAAACACAAGGUGACCAUGGACCUGAGAGCCAACCUGAAGCAGGUCAAGAAGGAGGUCAAAGAGGAGUCGACAGAGGCAGUGGGCGACUGGCGUAAAAACAUUGAGGAUAAGGCUGACAGGAAGAAGAUGUUUGAGACUUCCUAAAUCCUUUCUGAAGUGGCGAGGACGACAGCAGGGGGGACGUUUCCGCCGAGGUCUGAGUGACUGAAUGUGUCUCUGUGUUCCAGCAGGACACACAGGGACAAGAGUUUAGACACUUUUUUGUUGUUUUGUUGGUUGUCUUGGUGAUACCGUAGCCACCGUAAGAGACUGAACUCAGACAAAGUAACGUCACCAUGUACACAAUUCAAACGUCAAACAUUCAAAAUGUACAGGUUUUCAUUAGAAAUAAAUGUUUUGAAAUAA